CUUUAUUCCUUUUCUUGCUUUCUUUUUAUUUAUUUAUUUUUUUAGUCGCGGUGGUAUAAAAGUCGGAAUCUGGAAGGGGGCCUCCACAACUAGCUUUCUUGUCUCCAAGUUUGCGACUCCUCGGUCCAAGAUGAACAAAGUCUGUGCUGUUUUUGGAGGCUCCCGGGGCAUUGGCAGGGCAGUAGCCCAGUUAAUGGCCCAGAAAGGCUACCGACUGGCCAUCGUCGCCAGAAAUCUGGAAGUGGCCAAAGCCACCGCCGGUGACCUCGGCGGUGGUCAUUUGGCAUUUAGAUGUGAUGUUGCCAAAGAGCAUGACGUUCAAAAUACAUUUGAAGAGAUAGAGAAAAAUUUAGGUCCGGUUAAUUUCCUGGUAAAUACAGCUGGAAUUAACAGGGAUAGCCUUUUAGUAAGAACUAAAACUGAAGAUAUGCUGUCUCAGCUUCACACUAACCUUUUGGGUUCCAUGCUGACCUGUAAAGCUGCCGUGAAAACGAUGAUUCAACAACAGAGAGGGUCUAUUGUUAAUGUAGGAAGUAUUAUUGGUCUAAAAGGCCAUGCUGGCCAGUGUGUGUACAGUGCCAGUAAAGGGGGAUUGGUGGGAUUUUCAAGAGCUCUGGCUAAAGAAGUGGCAAGAAAGAAAAUAGAUGACGUAGUUGCACCAGGAUUUGUUCAUACAGAUAUGACGAAAGACUUGAAAGAAGAACAUUUAAAGAAAAAUAUUCCUCUUGGGAGAUUUGGAGAACCUAUUGAUGUGGCACACGCAGUUGUGUUUCUUUUAGAAUCACCAUAUAUUACGGGCCACGUUCUGGUAGUGGAUGGGGGACUGCAGCUCAUAAUGUAAUGUACAGAUCACUAAAUAAUAAUGUGUACAAUCAAGGGCAUACUUUAUUGCUUAGUCUGUCAUAUCUCCAUGGGUGACAUUUGCUAAUAAAACCUAUUCAUGCUGUAAA